CAGUGUGUUCUGUGUCGGUCACGAAGGAGCAACAAGUUGCGAGACCCCAAAACUCUUAUCGGGCUCUCUCUGUCUGUUCCAUUGGAGUGUGCGUGAGUGUGAGUGAGAUAGGGCGCAACAUCACAGCUGCUUGCAGCAUCAUUGAGUCCAUGAACUCGCAGUAUUCGUCAUUAUUGUGCUAGUAAAAAUAAAAAAUUAGCAUAAUUGUGAUUUUGGUGAGCUAAAAACUCAUCCCUAAUUUUUUUUACAACGCCCAGUGCCCUUAAUAUGAAAAAUUGUGAGACAUCUCGAAAUGGUUGAAGUGAUAACACAACUUACCGAUAAGCAGAAAGCCGUGACGAUCGGCGUAAUUUUUGCGGUUACAGUGGCCUUUUCACUACUAUUUGGUGAAAAUGUUAUUGCACAGGCUAUUGUUUUCCUUAUUGGAUGGUACCUUUUCACGGGGAAUCGACCAGUUGCUAUUUACAUAAUCUUUAAGACUCUCCCGCGAGAUAUGAAAGUUCUAGUUCGCUAUAUAAAACUAAACUACUACCUUAAACGAUGGGACAAAAAAGGAUGGACAGUGGGUCAUGUUUUCCAGAGCAUCGUUGAACGACAUCCAGAUAAGGUGGCCCUCCAGAUUGAUGAUCACAUUAUGACCUUCCAAGAUGCUGAGGAUCUGAGCAAUCAAGUCGCCAAUUACUUCCACGCUCUGGGCUUCCAUCGAGGUGAUACGAUAGCCUUGUUGAUGGAAAACAAACCUGAGUAUGGAUGUAUGUGGUUGGGACUGUCCAAGAUUGGAGUCAUAACAGCUCUGAUCAAUACAAAUCUCCGUAAAGACGUUCUUCUCCACUCAAUACGGGUGGCUGAUGCAAAGGCUGUUAUUGUUGGAACUGAACUAAUUGACGCAAUUGAGGAGAUUAGGAAAGAGGAAGACAUAGCUAAGCUUCCAAUUUACCAACAUCACGAUCCAAUGCAGGUCCGUCAAAAUCUCCCUCAACUCUCUGGGACAAUUGGCUUAACAGAUGCUCUGAGUGCAGCCUCUGUGGACGCCCCAACAGAAGAGAUGAAUAAAGGGAAGGUCUCAGAUAAGAUGGUCUACAUUUAUACUUCUGGAACAACAGGCCUUCCUAAAGCAGCCGUCAUCACCAAUGCCAGAUACAUGUUCUUCGUUUUAGGAUGUGGUUUUAUGGUUGGUGUUCGACAGAGUGACAUCAUUUACAACCCACUGCCACUGUACCAUACAGCAGGAGGAAUGGUUGGUCUGGGAACGGUUUUCCUUCUAGGAACUACAACUGUGCUCAGAAAAAGAUUCUCAGCUUCAAACUUCUGGACUGAUUGCAUCAAAGCUAAAGCUACGGCUGCACAGUAUAUUGGAGAAAUUUGUCGAUAUCUCCUAUCUGUACCAGAUAGGCCCCAUGAUACAUCCCACACGGUACGAUUGAUGUUUGGAAAUGGACUUAGACCGCAAAUUUGGCCACAAUUCGUUGCAAGAUUCAACAUUCAAGACAUUGGGGAGGUUUAUGGAUCCACAGAAGGGAAUUCUAAUUUAGCAAAUAUUGACAAUAAAGUGGGUGCAGUCGGCUUCGUACCUGUAUACGCAGAAUAUCUUUAUCCAGUGACGCUGAUUAAGUGUGAUGAAGAGACAGGAGAGCCCAUUAGGAACUCUGAGGGAUGGUGUAUUAAAUGCAAGCCAGGAGAAGCUGGAAUUUUCCUGGGAAAAAUUAUAAGGAAAACCCCAGCUAGGGCCUUUGGGGGAUACGCUGAUAAGAAAGCUUCAGAGAAAAAGAUCCUGCGGGAUGUGUUCCGCAAAGGUGAUGCAUAUUUCAAUUCCGGCGACAUUUUGGUUAGAGAUAUUUUUGGGUACUUCUACUUCCGUGACCGUACCGGUGAUACCUUCCGGUGGCGCGGAGAGAAUGUGGCAACAUCUGAAGUUGAAGCAGUAAUCAGCAACAUUGUAGGUCUGCAUGAUUGCGUUGUCUACGGCGUAGAGGUGCCACAUGUUGAGGGUAGAGCUGGUAUGGCGGCAAUUUUGGAUCCCAAACGCGAGAUUAGUGUGGAAAAUCUCUCAAAUGGAAUUCGCGGAUGCUUACCGGCCUACGCCAGGCCACUCUUUGUGCGACUUAUGGACGAACUUCCCAUGACAGGGACGUUUAAAAUGAAGAAAUUGGAUCUGCAGCAGGAUGGCUUUAACCUCGACAAAGUCAGUGAUCCCAUCUACUUCCUGCAUCCAGAUGGGGUCUAUCGUACCCUCACAAGGGAGGAUUUUGAAAAAAUUCAAAGUGGCAAUGCCAGGCUGUGACUUUAGGUUUCUUUUUUUUGGACAAACAUUACAAAAAAAAUGUUGCGAGUGUAGUCUUUUAGUUUUUUUGACAAUCACCUGAAGAGAAAUAAAACAUGUGUGAAAAAUUCUUUAAAAAAAA